AUGCGCAACGGGGACCCUGCCAACACGAAGUCUCUCCUCAUCAAGCCCAGCAUCCCUCAGACGUGGCACUGGAGGCCUGUGGAGAACCUUGGCCCGGAAAACGCAGUCGCCAACGUUGGGGCAUACAUACGCAGCGUCCGCACGUCCCUGACAAUGAACUCACCCCCCGGCUGGAGCCCACAGUUGAUCAACAAGACCGCCAUCGUGGUUGGUACGACAAGGGUUGUGACUACCGAGUUGUACCGGAUUGAGCCCCCAGACCUCAUCCUCGGAGAGGUUGCGCCGCCCCACUUCAUAGCCAGUGAGGACCAGAGCGGCCAAACAGUCAUAAGCGUCAACCCAGAGCUGGAGCCCAACGUGCAGGCCAGCCUGGCAACUCCGCUAGAGCUGACUGAGACCGACAGGGCUGCAAUCGUGGCGGCCCACAUGUCUGCCGUCGGGAUCUUGCCUGUGCAGGGCUAUUCGAUCGUGAUGAUGGGCCACCACUACCUGAACGACCCCAAAACGCAAUCCCGCAGAGCAUUCGAUGCAAUGGAGCGCCAGCACUGGACCUCGACCGCCGUCGCCCAAUGGUGGCAAACCGACCUGGAUGCGCUCCGCGACGCCCUGUGGCACAAGGCUUGCCACCCCGUCAUCAUGUCCAUCAAGCAGACCCUCGCCACGGACGAAAAAAUCCCCAAGAUGUUGAUCGCGGCCGGAUAUGGAUCCGCUGCUGCUAGGCUGCCGGUGAUAGAGAGCGAGAUGAGGGCAGCCAACAGUUACUAG